UCAACAAACGAAAAUAAAGCCCAUCGCCUUAGUUGUAUAGCGAAUGUCAAUUUUAAAGUAAUAGUCAGUUGUUUGAAGACUGCCUCCGGGAAAAGUUGAAUUUUAUUUUUCCUUCUUCUUUUUUUCACCUGAAGAAAAUUCCAAAGGGAAUAGUAAACGUCCCUUUUUCAUAGUAUCUUGCCAAUUCCACCAACAAAUACUCAGUCAUAGUCAAUUUAAAUAUUCAUUAUUGGGUCAUACCAAGUGCAAAAAAACGUAGAGGUGACUGAUUAAGUAAUAGUGUUUAUAUUUUCUAAUAUUAUUAAAUCACAAUUGUGCGAAGUUUCGUUCCAAUAAAACUAUCGAAAAAUGGCUGUGCCACCAUUUACUCUCAAUUUUGCACCUCUAUCGGACUCCCUCCUGGAAUUAUCUCGAGUGGAAUUGAGGGAGACUCCGGAGAUUCGUGAGAAGGCCAUCAAAGACUUACGACAGCUACUGCAUGCAGCUACAGAUCUCCACUACAGAGAUGACGAUGGUUUCCUCCUAAUCUUCCUCAGACCAUGCCACUUCUAUCCCGAAAGUGCGCUAAAAAUGAUGCGUCGAGUUGCUGAAUUCAAGAAGAAUCACAACGCUCUACUGAAAAAUGUCAUGCCCGAAGAUGAAAGGUCAGCUUUUGAGGAUCACAACAUUGUCAAUGUGCUCACGAAUUUGGAUCAAAAAGGACGCAGAGUCCUAAUAGUCAAUUGCGGAGGUCCUUGGGAUCCGAAGAUAGUGAAUUCUGACAAACUCUUCAGAAUAUUCUAUCUAGUGCACUUGGCAGCUCAAUUGGAAGUGGCCACUCAAAUUCGCGGAGUUGUGGUGAUUAUGGACUUUGAUGGGCUUUCGAUGAAACAGAUUAGGGCCCUAUCACCAGCUUUCUCCAAGAGGCUUCUCACCUUCAUUCAGGAAGCCAUGCCACUUCGUCUCAAGGAAGUGCACAUCAUCAAGCAGCCGUAUCUCUUUAAGAUGGUUUGGGCAUUCUUCAAGCCAUUCAUCCAGGAAAAACUCGGAAAGCGCAUGCACUUCCACGGGGGUGAUAUGAAAUCCCUUCACAAAUUCAUGGAUCCUGAUUAUUUACCCGCCAAUUAUGGAGGAAAUUUGCCAGCAAUCAAUUAUGGUGGAAAGGACUGGUUCCCAUGCAUUCUGGAUCACGUUAAUCACAUUGAGAAGUGGAAUUCGUACGGAUACGCUAACGCCAUUCCAUAAACCAGGGAAAAAAAACUCAUGUAACAUUCCAAACACUGAUAAGAAAUUAUAGAAUUGUUGCAGGGCUUUAUAUUUAUUUAUUCUAAAUUUCCGGUUAUGUAUACUCUUUGCCCAAACAAAAAAAAAAGAAACAAAUCUAGUAAAAAUCACAAAAAUAUUAUUAAGCAAUUUUAAAAUCUUAUUUGUAAGCCAUAAGGGGUCCAACAACCAACUUUAAAUUUGUCACUUUUUGUCAAUAUUUUUGGGAUUUACAAAAUAUUUUGUAUAUUAAUACCUAAGUGAAAUAAAACAAAGAACAUUAACACAUUUUUUGCAAAUUAACAAAAUAAUGGAAAAUUUUAUUUAAAUCAAUAUUGUUGCUUUCAAAUUUUAGUUAUCAAAAUAUUUUAAUAUUUCAAAAAUGUCCAGUCUAACUGUGAAUGCAAUGUUAAUGAAACAGAAUAUAAAAGUAUCAAAAGUAAUUAAAGAAAAAUACGCAACUCAAUAUUCAAAUUGAACUUGAAAAAUUUAUAAAUUUUCCACAAAAAUACUUUUUGAAACAACGCUUUACAAGUGUAUUUUUCAAUUUUUUUUUUAUCUAAGAAUUAAAAAUAAAAUAAAAUUUUCCUAAUGGUUGAAUAGGCCCCAGAAUGCCAUAAGAGAGCUAUUUAAUAUAGUGUUCAUUUAAAAAAAUGUAAGGAUAGCAAAUUUAUCACGAUUUUAUACUCAAUUGUAAUACAAAAAAUAAAACGAAAUAAAAUAUAGAAGUCAUUUGAAA